GGUUAAGAGGAAGUUACAGUAAACCAUAGAGCUUUUAUUGUGAAGGGGAAAAGCGGAAGUGGAUAAAGUGUAGUAUUGACUGUGUUGUGGGUGAAUAAAGUGAGCCGUGCAGUGCCGUCUCUGUUCCAUUGGACGCCCGUGUUUCUUUAUUUUAUAGUCAGACCUGAGUCUAGGCAACAGAAGAAACCCUCGGUUACAUUAGUAAACAAACAUCUGCCCGGAAGUUGUUGGUACGACCCGGAAUAGCGUCCGUCCCCGGAACUAACGUUAACUGUUUGUGUGUCACAUCGUGGUGAGGACGGCGGAGUAAAAGGCGCCAGUGUUUAGUUUCUUAAGAAGAAAGAAAGGUCCCAAACUGCUGGAUGUGGUUUUAAAAGCUGGAACAAAGCUACACAGAGCAGGUUGCAGAGCCGCGAGGAACUUUAACAUGAAGUCUGAGAGGAAGCUGUCAGCGGACCAGGGGACAGAUGUUCUGGAAGUGAUUGUUGGAGAAGAGGAGCAGCAGGAGUGGAGCUCCAGUGUGGACCAACAGGAGCCAGAGCCCCCCCCACACAUUAAAGAGGAACAGGAGGAACUGUGGAGCAGUCAGGAGGGAGAGCAGCUUCAAGGGCUGGAGGAGGCUGAUAUCACCAAGUUCCCAUUCACUCCUGUCCCUGUGAAGAGUGAAGAUGAUGAAGAGGAAGCUCAGUCCUCACAGCUUCAUCACAGACAAACUCAACACAUGGAAACAGAAGCUGAUGGAGAGGACUGUGGAGGACCAGAACCAGCCAGGAAGUCUCAUCCACUUUUACAACCAGAGACUGAAGACCAGACUGGAGACUCUUCUGAUCCUGAGACUGAUGACAGUGCUGAUUGGAAGGAGACCAGAGAACCUCAGUCAGCUUUAAACUCUCUGAAACAUGAUUCAAGAUGCACAGGAGAAAAACCAUUUAGCUGCUCUGAGUGUGAUCGAGCUUUCGCUGAUCGCGGACACCUGAAGAAACAUAUGAAAACUCACACAGGAGAGAAACCUUUUAGCUGCUCAGUUUGUAAAACAUUUUUUAGACAGAGUGACAACUUACGGUCACACAUGAGAACUCACACAGGAGAGAAACCUUUCAGCUGUUCAGUUUGCAAGAAAACUUUUAGACACUGUAAAGGUUUACGGACACACAUGACCGUCCACACAGGAGAGAAAAGAUUCAGCUGCAGAGUUUGUAAAAAAUCUUUUACACAGAGUGGAGAUUUACAGAAACACAUGAGAACUCACACAGGAGAGAAACCUUUCAGCUGCUCUGAGUGUGGUAGAGCUUUCGCUGAACGUGGACACCUGAAGAAACAUAUGAGAAUUCACACAGGAGAGAAAAGAUUCAGCUGCGUCCACACAGGCAGCUCUCUGCCUUGCCUUGUGUGUUUCCUGUUUCCUGCAGAUGUUGAGCAGCUGUUGGUGGUUAAAGAAGAGGUUCCCCCUGAGCAGCAGGAGUGUAGCUCCAGUGUGGACCAGCAGGAGCCAGAGCCCCCCCCACACAUUAAAGAGGAACAGGAGGAACUGUGGAGAAGUCAGGAGGGAGAGCAGCUUCAAGGGCUGGAGGAGGCUGAUAUCACCAAGUUCCCAUUCACUCCUGUCCCUGUGAAGAGUGAAGAUGAUGAAGAGGAAGCUCAGUCCUCACAGCUUCAUCACAGACAAACUCAACACAUGGAAACAGAAGCUGAUGGAGAGGACUGUGGAGGACCAGAACCAGCCAGGAACUCACAUCCACUUUUACAACCAGAGACUGAAGACCAGACUGGAGACUCUUCUGAUCCUGAGACUGAUGACAGUGCUGAUUGGAAGGAGACCAGAGAACCUCAGUCAGAUUUAAACUCUCUGAAACAUGAUUCAAGAUGCACUGGAGAAAAACCUUUCAGCUGCUCAAUUUGUGAUAAAAGAUUUGGCCGCAAGUCACAUCUCAAGGCACACAUGAGAACUCACACAGGAGAAAAAACUUUCAGCUGCUCAGUUUGUAAGAAAAUGUUUUUAGGGUCUGAAAAUGUACAGAAACACAUGAGAACUCACACAGGAGAGAAGCCUUUUAGCUGCUCUGAGUGUGGUAAAGCUUUCAAUGAACGUGGACACCUGAAGACACACAUGAUAACUCAUUCUGGAGAAAAACCUAUAUGCUGCUCAGUCUGUAAGAAAUCUUUUACACACAAUGGAAAUUUAAAGAUGCACAUGAGAAUCCACACAGGCGAAAAACCUUUCAGCUGCUCAGUUUGUAAUAAAUCUUUUACACAGAGUGGAAAUUUACGGUCACACAUGAGAAUCCACACAGGAGAGAAGCCUUUCAGCUGCUCUGUUUGUAAUAAAUCUUUUAAA